AUGUUCCAAUCGCUCCUGCUGCUCACAAUCCCACUUCAAGUUGCCUACGCGCUUCCAUUCUUUACCAACAGCACCAUACCCGCUAAUCUGACUACUGUUUGCGCCAACGCUCUCCUUACCGACGUUUCGCAAUGCCCUCCCAUCGUUGCUCGCUUUACAAGUGGCUACUACUAUCCGCCAACGAUUCUAGAGAAAGCAUGCACGGCCACCUGCUCCACGGCGCUGCAAAGAUAUGAGCAGAGCAUCAAAACCGCCUGUGCUGGACAAACCUGGGCUGGAUACGAUGCAGAAGACGAUGCACCUCUUGACCUCAUCCCAAAUGUGAUGCGAUUCAAUCAGGAAUUGGCUUGCAUCCAAGAUUCCGGACGUUGGUGCAACGUAGUCGCUGCAGCGGCUGCGAUGCAAGCCGACCCAGGACGAUGGGACAGCGUGCCACCAUCUGGCGUCCAAUCUUCGGGACCUUGUGACUUGUGCUUCAUCAAGAAUUUGCAGAAGCAGGCUGGCUCACCGUACUACCAUGGACCACAACUUCGGUCAAGCUCCAUUUAUGAAUCCAAGACUUCAAGCUGUGGAGUUUCUGGGUACCCUCUGACCACGUCAACCAUGUCCUGGUCACAACCAGUGGCGCCUACCCCAACACCAUCAGCCUGCGUAGGCAAAAAGUACACAAUAACAACUCUCGACGACUGUUAUAGCAUUUCCAAGCUUAACAGUAUAGGGACCGCGUGGCUGCUAUCGGAUAACAAUCUCGCCGCUUAUUGUGACAGGUUUCCCGAGAGUGGUGAUUUGUGUAUCCAAAACACCUGCAAGGUAUAUACUGUCAAAGCGUCCGACACUUGCGAGUCUAUGGCAAAGUCAAACAACAUCACGAUUGCCCAACUCAAAGCCUGGAACCCAAUCAUCAACGCAGGAUGUUACAAUCUGUACAAAAUGAACGAGACGUCUAUUUGCGUAUCGAAUCCUGGCGAAGCCUAUGUGACACCCCCGGCUAUGCCUCCUCUGGCUCCAAGUACCGCUACUAGCCCAGCCCCAGUCCCUACGAAUGCCAAAGACGAAUCGAACAGGAACUGUGGUAAAUGGUAUAAUGUUACGGAAGGUGAUUACUGCAAUCUAGUAACAAUAAAGUAUGGAAUCUCUUUGUUAGAUUUUGUCUUUUUGAACCCAUCAAUCAACACAAAUUGUACAAAUCUUCUAUUGGACAUUAGCUAUUGCGUAGAGCCAGUCGGUGACAUCAACACCUACUCUGGCCGACCGGGUUAUCAUACACCUGGACCCACCGGCUUGCCCUUCACCAAGGUCACCUUCACGCCCACAAGCGCAGCGUCAGCUACACCUACAUCUACACGCGUUCCUCUUGCCACCGAUACACGAGAUGACUGCUAUCGAUACUUCGAUGGAUCUCAAAUGCAGAUUGAUAUCUCAGGCACAAAUUUCCGUCAUCAAUGUGACUUGGCAGCGGCUGUUUACCGUGUAAAGCUCGAAGAACUGUUGACGUGGAACCCGGAACUGGGAAGUAACACCACAAUGCCCAACUGCAGCUUCAAAAGUGGAGUUCGUUACUGUGGCAGAUUCUACGUCGAUUCGCCGCCGCCCCCAGUAGAAGGACCCAACUUCUUUUUUCCUCUUAGAGAAGGAUACGACGUGAAUUGUACCGAUUUUGGAGAUGUUCCUGCAGACUUCACGUGCAGCGAUGUCCUCAUUACCUACAAUUUGACCAUUGCGCAAUUCUUCAGGAUGAAUCCGGCUGUCGGCUCUGAUUGUGCGAACCUUUGGACAGAGCAGGCAUACUGUAUCGCAUCACCUAACGCUCCGCCGCCCAUCCCAAGUGGAAGCCCAACCUCGGUGGUACCAAGCAGCACAGCAGCACCGGGCCCCUCAGCACCGACCCACAGCGGACAGCCCGCCAAUUGCGUCAGAUGGCAUACGGUCGUGGAUGGAGAUAGCUGUGCUAGCGUUGCAGACAAAUAUUUCAUAACGACAGCACAAUUUUUUGCUUGGAACCCCGCUGUAUCAAAAGACUGCGCAACAAACUUCUGGUUGAAACAGGCGUACUGUGUGGGUACUUCCGACUCGAUCACUGUCAGUCGAUCUGCUCCACCUACACCGACUUCUACUAGCAGGUUCAUAAUUCCGACGCCUAAUCAACCCAACAACGCGGUCAGUAACUGUAACAAGGUUGCUCAAGCCUUGGACGGGGAUUAUUGCGCGCUGUUCGCUGAGCGCAAUAAGAUCACAGCAACUCAACUGUACGAAUGGAAUCGAGCUUUAGAUAAUGGUAAUUCGUGUGGUUCUUCGUUCUGGAAGGACUACUGGUAUUGUAUUGGGCCCACUCUCACUUCCCGCCCUUCGGCUCCAGCUUCGACUAUACCACCACAUCGCAAUUGCAGGAGAUCCCACGUAACACCAGCUAUCACGAUGGACACACUACCACAAGAGUUGAUCAACAGGAUUGUAUAUCAUCUAGACCGAUACGACGGGCAAGGGAACAUUCCGGUGCUUCAGCAGCAGUCUCGAGAGCCUUCAAAGUUUCCAGCAUAUGCGACGCUCUCCAGAACCUGGAAGGAGGCAGUAGAGCUGAACACAUUCCAUAGCUUGAGGCUCAAAAGUGAUGAGCUUACUCAUUUUCAGGAUAUUGUGACGGACAACCGCCGCAAAUAUCUGACCACACUGAGCUACAGGAUUCUGCUGUCAGAAUACUCGGAGGAGGCAUGCGGUCGAGUGGAAACAGAUGAUGAGAAGCUGCUCAAUGACGAAGCCUUUACUUUGGGCAUUUACAAGCUAUUCUCGAUAUUGAAAGUGUGGGAGAACGAGGGCAUUCAGACCGCGCUGCGAUUGGUUCUUCCGCAUGGAAACGCUUUUUCGCCCACAGAUCUACGCUUGGAUAAUAAGUCACAGCUCAGACUCGAGAUUGCAAUGCGCAAACGCAGCAAAGAUAUCUUCGAGUGUCGAUUUGAAAAGUCGUUCCUUCGGCUGCUUCAAACAAGUCCUUUACCGAACUUGUCGAACUUGUACUAUCUAAAAAUCGAUGGCAACAGUCGACGAAACCUGGCGCCAAAUGUCGGACCAAAUCUUGCAGCAUUUCUCCCAAAUUUGAAGGACAUAUCCUGGGUAUUUAAUGACUCUGAUCCUGAGUCCAAGAGCGUGCGAAGCAACAAUCGCAUAGACUUCGCAGAGGCCCUCAAGCUAAGUCGAUUGCAACAACGCUCUACUGCGGAAAUCAUCUUCUAUCACGAGCUUCCUUUCGAUCAGCGGCUCAAGGGUGAAUCUCUCGUACCAUCGGGAUACUCUUAUGACCCGUUUAGUGCAGGCCUGCGUACGUUUUCGCAAAAUCUCACCGCCCUUACGUUAAGCGCUCACGUUGACUCAACGCUCUUCUGGCCGUCUGACGACGAGAAAAUGACCGUUUCUCCUAACUGGCCGUUCUUGAAGACAUUGGAUCUCACGUUCAAUAUGGUGGCGCCAUGUGGUGAGUGGUAUUUCACGGGACCGCGGCCAGAAGAUCACGAGGAUGACGAGCCGGGUGAGGGCAUCAUCGGCGAUGAUUCUAGCGAUUCCAACUACAACAACUACCGUGAGCAUGGCGACCCAUUAACGGUCAAUCUACUUCUUGCCGCCCUCGCCAAGGCGCUUCAGAAGAUGCCGGUUCUUAAACACUUCAUGCUCACUUCUGAGCUUGGUUACGGAAAAGGCAAAUUCCAUAUAUCUUAUUAUGCGCCUGGCAAGGCAGCAGAAUGGGGAGAUGAGAAUGACAGUGAUCUUCAAGUUAGAAGGGUGUACUAUGAGGUCGGGGAUGUGUGGAGACCCGAUUAUGAGAUCAUGCAAGGUCUCCGAGGCGCUGGAAGGGAUAAGUUUGGAGAAGAGGUGAUUGAGAGAUUUCUGCAAAGCCAGUAUUGA